AUGCGAAACGGAAUCAUGAACGAGCGCGAUCUAGACCUCGAAAGAGCUGAUACACACCCCGAACUGGAGAAAAUCGGGACCUCAAAAUCGAAUCGGUCUCGCCAUGAUCCAAAACUAGUGACAUGGGACGGUCCUGAUGACCCCGAAAACCCGAAGAACUGGAGCAUGAAGAAGAAAUGGGCUGCGACUAUCACCGUAUCACUGUUUACAUUCAUCUCGCCGGUCUCUUCGUCAAUGGUUGCACCGGCACUGUCAUCACUCGCAGCAGACCUCAAAGUCACAGAUGAGAUAGUCUCACAACUCAUGCUCUCAAUCUUCGUCCUCGCCUACGCCGUGGGCCCUUUAUUCCUCGGCCCAUUAUCAGAGAUCUACGGUCGCACCAUCGUCCUGCAGCUCGCCAAUCUCUUCUUCCUAGUCUUCAACAUCGGCUGUGCCGUAUCACAAACCAAAGUCCAAAUGAUCGUCUGUCGAUUCUUCGCUGGACUGGGAGGCAGUGCCCCGCUCGCAAUCGGCGGUGGAGUCCUCUCAGAUUGUUUCCGCGCCGAAGAGCGCGGAAAAGGAAUCGCAAUCUACAGCCUCGCACCCCUCCUAGGCCCAGCCCUAGGCCCCGUCGCCGGAGGCUUCAUCGCCGAAAACACAACCUGGCGCUGGGUCUUCUACUCCACCUCGAUAAUAGACGGCCUAAUCCAAGUAAUGGGCAUCUUCUUCCUCCGCGAAAGCUACGGCCCGAAAAUCCUCCGCCAGCGCGCCAUGCGUCUCCGCAAAGAAACAGGCGACAACGCCUACCAAACAGAAGCAGAGCGCCAAAACAAGACCUUCUCGCAAGUCCUACGCAGCUCCCUCAUCCGUCCCUUCCGUCUCCUCUUCACCCAACCAAUCGUCCAAGUCCUCGCCCUCUUCAUGGCCUACAUCUACGGAAUGAUGUACCUCGUCCUCUCCACCUUCCCAGGCCUCUGGACCAGCCCAGAAUACUACAACGAAUCCAUCGGCAUCGGCGGCCUAAACUACCUCUCCCUCGGACUGGGCUUCUGGCUCGGCUCCCAAAUCUGCGCCCCGCUCAACGACCGCAUCUACCGCCGCCUCAAAGUCCGCAACGGCGGCAUCGGAAAACCCGAGUUCCGCGUCCCCCUGCUCUUCGUCGGCGCCUUCUUCAUCCCAUCAGGAAUGUUCAUCUAUGGCUGGACAGCCCAGUACCGCUGCCACUGGAUCGCGCCCAAUAUCGGCGCCGUCCUCUUCGGCACCGGCAAUAUCAUCGCCUUCCAAUGUAUCCAGACCUACAUGGUCGACACGUACACGCGGUACGCGGCGAGUGCGCUCGCAGCCGGUGCGACGCUGCGCUCGAUCGCCGGUUUCGGAUUUCCGCUUUUCGCACCGUACAUGUAUAGCGCGUUAGACUACGGAUGGGGGAACAGUCUAUUGGCGUUCCUGGCUGUGGCCAUUGGGGUUCCGGCGCCGGUGUUUCUGUGGAAAUUUGGGGAACAGUUGAGGAAGAAAAGUACCUUUGCGGCUGGUUAG